CCGAUUGUUUACGGAUACCCAGGGCUUGCAUGUGAGCAAUCGUCGUGGCGAGCGGAUUUGCCAGCCAGAUUGCCGCCGUUCGCUCUCUCGCCUCUUGGCCCCGCCUGCCCCUCAUCUCACCAGCCAUGUCUGCCAUCGCCGUCCGAGCCCUGCGAACCCGCAUCCAUCCGUCCUCCACGGCGUUCUUCCUGUGCGAUAUUCAGGAAAAGUUCAAGCCGCACAUCUACCAAUAUCACUAUGUCAUCAGCACCGCCAAAAAGAUGAUCUCGGCCGGCAAGCUCCUGGAUAUUCCUCUGAUUGUCACCGAGCAGAACCCGAAAGGUUUGGGCCCGACCGACAGCCAGCUGGACAUCGAGGAUGCCCGCAUCAUCACACCCAAGACCAAGUUCUCGAUGUGGACGCCCGAGGUUCAGGAUACUGUCCACAGACUCGGCACCAAAUCCGUGGUUCUCUUUGGAAUCGAGUCGCAUGUCUGUGUGCUGCAGACCGCUCUGGAUCUCCUGGAUGCCGACCUGGAUGUCUAUGUCCUCCGGGAUGGUGUUUCAUCCAUGAACGCCGGCGAGAUCCCGAUCGCAAUCGAGUUCCUCCGGACCGCUGGAUGCAAAAUCGUGUCGUCCGAGUCGGUACUGUUCCAGCUGCUCCAAGACGCCAGCCACCCCCAGUUCAAGGCCAUCUCGGGUUUGGUCAAGGAGUCCAAGGAUACCACCAAAGCCACCUUUGAGAGCAUGCUUUGAGCCGGCCGAGCCAGAUCCGCGUCUGCUCUGUUUCCGCGACCAUCUUGCCGCUGCGCAGGAUGCAUCCAGAGUGCAAUAAAGCCCAGCGAUACGAAUGCAAAUC